CACUCAACAGGUGCCAAGUUUUUAGGAAGAGCUGGACAGUGUUUCCAGUGUCCAGACUGUGGGAAAAGAUUUAGGGGAGAAGAGGAGCUCCGGGCUCACAGCGGUAUCCACAGGAAGGACAGACCUCACGCCUGUGUUCAGUGUGGAAAAAGGUUCACCCGCCCAUCGGGCCUAGCCAAGCAUUUGAAAACGCACUCAGGAGAAAAACCCUACCACUGCGGCCAGUGCUCCAAAAGCUUCAUCCAGAUGUCCCACCUCACCAGGCAUCAACGAAUCCACACCGGGGAGAAACCCCACCCUUGUGCUGAAUGUGGGAAACGUUUCAACUGCCCAUCGGACUUGGCCAAACACCAGCACAUCCACACGGGAGAGAAACCCUUCCGUUGUGCCGAGUGCGGGGCAAGGUUCAACCAGUUCUCACACCUCACGCGGCAUCAGAGGAUCCAUACGGGAGAGAAGCCUCACGCCUGUACCGAGUGUGGGGAAACCUUUAGCCAGCGGGCGCAUCUUAUCAGCCAUCAGAGGAUCCAUACGGGAGAAAGGCCAUAUCGGUGCACCUAUUGCCAAAAAUGUUUCAGCCACCUCUCAGCCCUCACGGUACACAAGAGGAUCCAUAUGGGCCAAAGACCCUACGGCUGCCCAGAGUGUGGGAAAAGGUUCAUAGCCUCAUCGGCUCUAACCAGGCACCAGAGGACGCACUCGGAAGAAAGGCCUCACACUUGCGAUGAGUGUGGCCGGAGAUUCAACCAACUGUCACACCUUCACAGGCACCGACGUACCCACUCAGGCGAGAGGCCGCACAGCUGUGCCGAGUGUGGGAAAAGAUUCAACCAGCUGUCCUCUCUCACCAGGCACCAGAAAAUCCAUACCGGAGAGAAGCCUUACUCCUGUGAUGAGUGUGAGAGGAGGUUUGUCCGGCUGGCUGACCUUAUCAUCCACCAGAGAAUCCACACAGGAGAGAAGCCCUAUCGUUGCACUGAGUGCGGAAGGAGGUUCCGUCAGAGACAGACUCUUGUCAAGCACCAGAGACUCCACCCCAGAGCAAGUUCUUAACAACACACAAAUUGCAACAAUUUUCAUCCU